AUGGCGGACGAGAAGAGCUCUGCAGGACCUGUAAGCGCAAAGCGCGGUUUUGUAAAGUAAUGAGCACUUAAAAAGGUAGAAUAAAGAUUAGAUGUAUUUAGAUGCGUUCCGCUAUGAUUGGGGGAAUCCGAUGGGCAUAUAAGUCUGAAGCUUGGAAGCCAACGAAACAAGAAUGGCUGAAGGCUUUAUCGUGCGUCCAACCAGAGGAAAAGGAAAGAAUACAAAAAUUUGUCUUCAAAAAAGACGCCAAGUCUUCAUUGAUAGGAAGACUUCUUCUCAGGAAAGUAAUCUCAGAUGUGAUGGCAAUACCGUAUAGUGACGUGAAGCUUGGUAGAACAGAGAAAGGGAAGCCAGUUCUCGAAAAUCAAGUAACAGAUCCAAGAUUAAAAUCUUUUAGCUUUAAUAUCUCACACCAGGGAGAUUUUACAGUUCUAGCAGCUGAGCAAUGCAGACAAGUUGGUAUUGAUGUAAUGAAGACAGUUUAUCCCAGCGGCACAGACGUUCCUGGUUUCUUUCAACUUAUGAGAAAACAGUUUACUCCAGCUGAGUGGCUUACAGUUAAAAGUGAGAAAACUGAAUGGGAACAAUUAGAAAUGUUUUACAGACACUGGGUAUGA